UCAAAGACACAGUCCUGCAAGAGCAAUGUGUUUUUGAGACCAUCUGGACUGAAUACAAAACCUAACCCAGUUAAAGCCUCUAUUUAAACCCUUAACGUUCUUCAGGGGAGUGCCGAGAUCUACUCAUCUUGCGACCACCAGAGACAAACCUCAAAUACUGUGAAAUGGCACCAGGGAGCACUUUCAGCAACAGGCAGAACUGUGUGCAUGUGCUGGACCAAACCUGAAACAUCUGUCCCUUCAACCUGUCAUCCUUCUUCAAGUUAACCGGCAACCGAGACAUUCUGACAAGAAACCACCAGGAUGCCGCCCAAGAAAGUGCAGAUCCAAGUGGAGGAAAAAGAAGAUGAUACUGAGGAAAGUUCAAGUGAAGAGGAAGAGGAGGAGGAAGACAAACUACCUCGAAGAGAGAGCAUGAGACCAAAGAGGAAACGGACCAGAGAUGUUAUCAAUGAAGAUGACCCAGAACCUGAACCAGAGGAUGAAGAAACGAGGAAGGCCAGAGAAAAAGAGAGAAGGAGGAGGUUGAAGAGAGGAGCGGACGAAGAAGAAGAAAUUGAUGAAGAGGAACUGGAAAGAUUGAAGGCAGAGUUAGAUGAGAAUAGACAAAUGAUCGCUACUGUCAAAUGCAAGCCUUGGAAAAUGGAGAAGAAAAUUGAAGUUCUCAAGGAAGCAAAAAAAUUUGUGAGUGAAAAUGAAGGGGCUCUUGGGAAAGGAAAAGGAAAACGGUGGUUUGCAUUUAAGAUGAUGAUGGGCAAGAAAUGGGUAAAAUUUCUCCGUGAUUUUGAGAACUUCAAAGCUGCUUGUGUCCCUUGGGAAAAUAAAAUCAAGGCAAUUGAAAGUCAGUUUGGCUCAUCAGUGGCCUCAUACUUCCUCUUCAUGAGAUGGAUGUAUGGAGUAAAUAUGGUUCUCUUUAUCCUGACAUUCAGCCUUAUCAUGUUGCCAGAGUACCUCUGGGGUUUGCCAUAUGGCAGUUUACCUAGGAAAACAGUUCCCAGAGCUGAAGAGGCAUCGGCAGCCAACUUUGGUGUGUUGUAUGACUUCAAUGGCUUGGCUCAAUAUUCCGUCCUCUUUUAUGGCUAUUACGACAAUAAACGAACAAUUGGAUGGAUGAAUUUCAGAAUGCCACUAUCCUAUUUUCUGGUGGGGAUCAUGUGCAUUGGAUACAGCUUUCUGGUUGUCCUUAAAGAGAUGACCAAAAAUAUUGGUGAUGACGGAGGUGGUGACGACAACUCUUUCAACUUCAGCUGGAAGGUGUUCACCAGCUGGGACUACCUGAUUGGCAAUCCUGAAACAGCAGACAACAAAUUCAAUUCUAUCACAAUGAACUUUAAGGAAGCUAUAAUAGAAGAAAGAGCAGCCCAAGCAGAAGAAAACGUCCACUUGAUCAGAUUCCUGAGGUUUCUUGCUAACUUCUUCGUGUUUCUAACACUUGGCGGGAGUGGAUACCUCAUCUUUUGGGCUGUGAAGCGAUCCCAGGAAUUUGCGCAGCAAGAUCCUGACACCCUUGGGUGGUGGGAAAAAAAUGAAAUGAACAUGGUCAUGUCCCUCCUGGGGAUGUUCUGUCCAACAUUGUUUGACUUAUUUGCUGAAUUGGAAGACUACCAUCCCCUCAUUGCUCUGAAAUGGCUCCUGGGACGCAUUUUUGCUCUUCUUUUAGGCAACUUGUAUGUAUUUAUUCUUGCCUUGAUGGACGAGAUUAACAACAAGAUUGAAGAGGAGAAGCUAGUAAAGGCCAAUAUUACCCUGUGGGAAGCCAACAUGAUCAAGGCCUACAAUGCAUCACUCACUGGAAAUACCACAGGGCCACCCUUUUUUGUGCACCCUGCAGAUGUACCUCGAGGACCCUGCUGGGAAACAAUGGUGGGGCAGGAAUUUGUGCGGCUGACCGUUUCUGAUGUUCUGACCACCUAUGUCACAAUUCUCAUUGGGGAUUUUCUCCGAGCGUGCUUUGUGAGGUUUUGCAAUUACUGCUGGUGCUGGGAUUUGGAAUAUGGAUAUCCUUCAUACACCGAAUUUGACAUCAGUGGCAAUGUCCUCGCUCUGAUCUUCAAUCAAGGAAUGAUCUGGAUGGGCUCCUUCUUCGCUCCCAGCCUCCCAGGCAUCAAUAUCCUUCGGCUCCACACAUCCAUGUACUUCCAGGGCUGGGCUGUGAUGUGUUGCAACGUUCCUGAGGCCAGGGUCUUCAAAGCUUCCAGAUCGAAUAACUUCUAUCUGGGAAUGCUCUUACUCAUCCUCUUCUUGUCCACCAUGCCCGUCCUCUACAUGAUCGUGUCCCUCCCACCAUCUUUUGAUUGUGGCCCCUUCAGUGGCAAAAAUAGGAUGUUUGAAGUCAUUGGAGAAACACUGGAACAUGAUUUUCCAAGCUGGAUGGCAAAGAUCUUGAGACAGCUUACUAAUCCUGGAUUAGUUAUUGCUGUUAUUUUGGUUAUGGUCUUGACUAUCUAUUAUCUCAAUUCUACUGCAAAGGGCCAGAAGGCAGCAAAUCUGGAUCUAAAAAAGAAGAUGAAACAGCAAGCUUUGGAGAACAAACUGCGAAACAAGAAAAUGGCAGCUGCACGAGCAGGUUUGAGCUAUGUUAUGUUUGCAUUCUUUCUCCCCUACAAACAGUAUGCUCUUCCUUUUUUUCCUCUCAGAAUGGGGCAUUUGAUGCAGAGGAGCAUUACUGCCCCAGCAAGUCACCCCAUACUCUUUACUGUCCACCUUUUUAAGCCCUUUUCAGGCAUCAUAUCCAGGGGGGGUUGUUGUUUUCCAGUGGGAGAAAGAAAACUUCAGGAACAUAAAAGUAGCAGUAGUGAUAUAAAAGGGAUCUUGCAAAUUGACGGAAGAUGAAGAAAACAUCCAUAUACAUAGUCAUACAAAUAGCAGAUACAGAUGCAUAAUCUCUCCUGCCCAUUUUGACCAUUUUUACACAUAGAGGGAUACACUGGGAAGAUGCUAAUUGUAUCUUCUAGGCUCAUCACUGUUGCUUUCCCAGAGCCUUCUCUAAUUCGUUAACCUCUCUUACGUUUUAACCUCUUUAAUUUUUAAACUAUUAGAAUAAAGCAUACUCUUUUUUGCCAAAAUUACUGAUAUGUUUUGCCUUCUACAUGGAAAAGUGAUGCCUAAGAAGUUCAAUAAAAAUCUUUUCCAACUCUUCCCUCAUUCCCAACUCUACAACUCUUUAUAUUAGCACGGACUUUUUCCCCCCUGUAAGUAAUAAUAAUAAUAAUAUUAAAAACACAUCCCAAAUUAGUUUAAGUAGAAAAAUUUAUUGGUUCACACAAAUGAACAGAAGAGUGGUAUGUAAAUCUUCUGGUCACAUUUUACCCCAAGUUUAGAAGCAAUCAGGAUUGAACCCCAUUUCUCUGUGGUU